AUGACGUCGUUGAUACAAACCUCGAUUGAGGCAAUGGGAAAUCCCAAUACUACCAACAAGGAACACCUAUCAUCUUCAUCUGAAUCCUCAGUCGACUCAACCUCCGAACCAAAACCCACUAAAGCUUUAGUAAAUUCGAUUCCUAUAUUUCAAUCGAUCCAAGAUUGGUGGUCUUCUUCACUGGAAUUGAAGCGAGAGCAUGGCACAGUGAAUAAAGAAGAUAAAAAGUUUAGGGAAGCUUUACUCAAGAAUAGAAAGGUCGAGUACGACUUAUUUAGAGCAGUUUUACCAGACGAUAUAUACAUUGAGUCACCAGUGGCAGAAGACACAAAUGAAAACAAGUCGAGUUGCAUGCGAGGCAAACUACUAGAUGUUGAACUCAAAGAUGAAUCGUUCAUUCAUGAAUUUUACUUGGAAAAUACUGAUCCCGGCCCAGAACGACAUAUCGUAAUCAUACACGGAUACAUGGCAGCAUUGGGUUACUUUAUCAAAAACAUUGAGCUGUUGAUCAAAACCCCCGGAAUACGAAUACACUUGAUUGAUUUACCGGGAUUUGGAAACUCUGCUAGACCAAAAUUCCCACGACAAUUCCUCACUAAACCGACAAAGAAACGACAACAAAUCGAACAGAUUUUGGAGAUUGAAAAUUGGUUUAUUGACAAGAUUGAAAACUGGCGAUUGAUUAGAAACAUCGCCAAUUUCAAACUUAUCGCUCAUUCAAUGGGAGCUUACUUGUCCUGUUGUUAUGUGAUGAAGUAUAAUAAUCAGGGCGACACCAAAAUUGUUUCUGAUUUGAUUUUGGUUAGUCCCAUGGGAACAGAAUCAAAUGAACAUAGUUUGAUUAAUGAUGAGAGGUACAAUAUCAAUCUUCAUUAUGCUAGUGACCCCUUACGGGAAUUGCAAUUUGAGGAAAAUGAUAAAGAAGUGGUGAUCAGCCCCGAAUUCACUAAAGCCUGGGAACUUGUAGGUAAACCCAAAUUCCCCAAAAGUUCAGUAUUGCAGAAAUUAUGGGAGAAUAACAAAUCACCAUUUGAUUUGUUACAAAAAACAGGACCAUUUUAUUCGAAAUUGAUAUCGUAUUGGUCAUUUGCUAGGUUCAAGAAUUUUAGUGAUUCUGAAGAUGCAGUUGAUUUGAUAUAUAAGCUACACGGUUAUUCAUUCUCCAUUUUCAAUCAGUAUCAAGCCUCGGGUGAAUUGGCAAUUACAAAACUUAUCAAUCAUGAAAUAUUGGCAAGAUUACCACUUUGUGAUCGUGGAUUCGUUGAUUUCUUGGUGGAUAAUAACAUAAACACUCUAUGGUUGUAUGGAGACAAAGAUUGGAUGAAUUCUAAAGGUGGCGAGUACAUAUUCAAAAAGAUUUCCGAAAAGAAUGACACAAUCACAGAAUUUAAAGUGGUUGAAAAUGCUGGCCAUCAUAUAUAUUUAGAUAAUCCACAAGCUUUCAACACGCUUGUCCUAGAUUUUUUUAAUUUAUAUAUUUGA